AAAAUAAAAUUGGUUAGUUUGUUUAUUUUUAUAUAUAAAAAAUUGUUAAUAAUUUAAAGAUCAGAUGACUCUAAUUUUAAAUGUGAGGCUUGUCUAAGUCUAACAUACACCUGAUAUAGCUGCCUCCCCUGGGGCAUGCAAGAUGAAACUAAUUUAUCACAAGCUAGAAGAGCUAGGGUUAUUGCUUAGUUAUAUGUUAUGUUGAUUAAGUGGUUGUUUGCUUCCUUAAUGGUUAUUAGGGAGUGAGAAGAAAUAUAAUGAAGUAGUACAAGAGAGGACAUGAUCAAAGUGGAAAAACAUACCAUUUCUCUCCUCCGUUCUUCCCCUUUCUUGCUGGCCGCUUUUCCUUCUUCCCACUGCACUCCCUCUCUUUUCCGAACAAACGCAGCGUAGAAGCAAUGAAACCGUCACAACCACACUCCACAUUUUCCCCCACACUCUCCAAACGCAUCCUCCAUCCCCUUCUCCACCUCCGCCUCUUGUUCCUCUUCGUUCCUACCUAAACUAAACCCCACUCACUCUUCUCUUUUUUCUUAUUAUUUUUUUAAUCAUGUCUGAAUCCCUUCUCUGCGUCUUAACCGAGGACCUCCUCGUCCGAGUCCUUCACCACCUCCACUCUGACGCCGACCGAAAAUCAUGGCGACUCGUCUGCAAGCACCUGAACCGGGUCGAAUCCCUCACCCGAACAACCAUUCGGAUCCUCCGGAUCGAGUUCCUGCUCGCCCUGCUCCACAAAUUCCGCAACAUUCAGGAACUUGACCUCUCCCUCUGCCCGCGGAUCGACGACGGAGCCGUCAAGGUUAUGCUGAGUCAGGGAUCGCCCGGUUGGACUCGGGGGCUUAAGAGGCUGGUGCUGAGUCGAGCCACCGGUUUGGGCCACUCGGGUCUGGAACAGCUGGUUCGUGCGUGUCCCUUGUUGGAGGCCGUUGACGUGUCGCAUUGUUGGGGUUUCGGUGACAGAGAGGCUGCGGCCAUUUCGUGCGGCACGAGGUUGAGGGAGGUGAACAUGGACAAGUGCUUGGGUGUCACUGAUAUUGGGUUGGCCAGGAUCGCUGUUGGUUGCAGCAGAUUAGAGCGCCUUAGCUUGAAGUGGUGCUUUGAGAUAUCUGAUCUUGGCGUUGACCUUCUUUGCAAGAAGUGCUUCUAUUUGAAAGUUCUCGAUGUCUCGUAUCUCAAGUCACGGAGUUCUAUUCUUGCUACUCCUGAGAGUGUAGAGGUUACAAGCAAAUCUUUGCGAUCAAUAGCUUCUCUAUUAAAUCUAGAGGUUCUUGUUAUGGUGGGCUGCUCUUUAGUGGAUGAUGUUGGAUUGCGGUAUCUUGAAAAUGGAUGUCCACUUCUUAAGACGAUUGAUGUCUCACGGUGCAACUGUAUUAGCUCCUCUGGCUUAAUAUCUCUAGUUAGUGGACAUGUGGAUCUUGUACAGAUAGCUGCAGGAUACUGCCUCUCUGAACUUUCAGGACCUCUUGUUCAUUGCUUGAAGAAUUUAGAGCAGCUGAGCGUAAUUAGAAUUGAUGGUGUUCAAGUUUCUGACUUCUUCCUCCAGACCAUAGGGAAAAACUGCAAGUUUAUAGUGGAGCUUGGUUUAAGCAAAUGUAUUGGUGUAACCAACAUGGGUAUUUUGCACCUAGUAUCCGGCUGUGGCAGUUUGAAGAUACUUGAUUUGACUUGUUGUCGCUCCAUCACUGAUGCAGCCAUCUCUACAAUAGCAGACACUUGUCCGGACCUUGUCUGUCUUAGGUUAGAGUCGUGUGACAUGGUGACUGAGAAUUGUAUUUAUCAUCUUGGAUCGAGUUGCUUGCUGCUUGAAGAACUUGAUCUUACUGAUUGCUCUGGCAUCAAUGACAUUGCACUUAAGUACCUAUCUGGGUGUUCAGAACUCGUAAGAUUGAAGUUAGGAUUGUGCACAAACAUAUCAAACAUUGGAUUGUCACAAAUUGCUUAUAAUUGCCGAAAAAUGGCUGAACUUGAUCUCUAUCGAUGUGUAUAUAUUGGAGAUGAUGGGCUAGCAGCACUUGCAAGUGGAUGUAAGAAGUUGAUGAAGCUUAAUGUGUCGUAUUGCAAUAGGAUCACAGACAAAGGGAUGGAGUAUCUCAGCCAUCUUGGUGAAUUAUCGGAACUGGAGAUGCGUGGGCUUUCAAACGUCACAAGCAUUGGUAUAAAAGCUGUUGCACUGAGUUGCAAGAGACUGGCCGAUUUAGAUUUAAAACAUUGUGAAAAAAUAGAUGAUUCUGGUUUCUGGGCCCUUGCUUUUUACUCACAAAACCUGCGGCAGGUCAGUGGUAUUUGCAUUACUCAAUUACAUUAUUUCUGCCUUCUUAUAACAAAGGAAUGCAGCCUCCAAAUCGAAAAUAAACUUGAGCAACUGCAAUGUGUCAGAUGUGGUGUUGUGCCUCAUGAUGGGAAACUUGAAACGCCUUCAGGAUGCAAAACUGGUGCAUCUUUUUAAAGUCACUGUAAAAGGGAUGGAACUUGCCCUAAGAGCUUGCUGCGGCCGCAUCAAGAAGGUUAAACUACAUAGUUCUCUGCGGUUCUUGAUUUCGUCGGAAAUACUUGAUACGUUCCAAGCACAAGGGUGCAAGGUCAGAUGGGAUUAGCCAUGCUAUUAAUAGGUCAUCAAGGCCAAGAUAAAUUAAUGUAUUUUGCUUGCUUUUCUUGGAAAACAAGGUACCAAAGAGGCCUUAGGUUCAAUGAUUUUAUAAAUUUCUCUUGUAUGGUCCUACUCAAAUAAGGUGGUACAAAUAAUACUUCUGUCAGGUUACAUUGACGGGUUUAAGAAAAAGGAAUUUACCUUCUCAAGGUAUCUUCUUCCUUAUUUAUGAGGUUA